AAUCCGCAAGAAGAGCGGCAUGCGUGGGCGCAGACGGUCGCGCGGAAUCCUGGAUUUUGGCGCCCAAAAUAGUCGGGCGGGCGGCGGAACGCGCGAGGGCGGCUCAGUGCGUGUCGCUCCGCCGUGUGAACAGCCCGCUAGGCCAGUGGCGUAUUUCUUUUCGACCGGACAGUAAAAACAAAAAGCCGCCACCAUGGACGCGAUCAAGAAGAAGAUGCAGGCGAUGAAGCUGGAGAAGGACAAUGCCAUGGAUAAGGCCGAUACCUGCGAACAGCAGGCCAGGGAUGCCAACCUCCGUGCUGAGAAGGUGAACGAGGAAGUACGCGAGCUCCAGAAGAAGCUCACCCAGGUCGAGGAAGACUUAGUCCUCAACAAGAACAAGCUGGAGCAGGCCAACAAAGACCUGGAGGAAAAGGAGAAGCAGCUGACGGCGACCGAGGCGGAGGUGGCAUCCCUCAACAGGAAGGUCCAGCAGAUUGAGGAAGACCUCGAGAAGUCAGAGGAGAGGUCCGGAACCGCGCAACAGAAACUCCUGGAGGCGCAGCAGUCCGCUGACGAGAACAACCGUAUGUGCAAAGUACUGGAGAACAGAGCACAACAGGACGAGGAGCGCAUGGACCAGCUCACCAACCAGCUGAAGGAAGCCCGUCUGCUUGCCGAAGACGCUGACGGCAAGUCUGAUGAGGUAUCACGCAAGCUGGCGUUCGUUGAAGACGAGCUGGAGGUAGCUGAGGACCGUGUCAAGUCCGGAGACGCCAAAAUCUCAGAACUUGAAGAAGAAUUGAAGGUUGUAGGUAAUUCCCUUAAAUCACUCGAAGUAUCCGAAGAGAAGGCCAACCAGAGAGUAGAGGAAUUCAAGAAGCAGCUCAAGACUAUCACAUCCAAACUAAAGGAGGCUGAAGCCCGCGCCGAGUACGCCGAAAAGACCGUCAAGAAACUCCAGAAGGAGGUUGACAGGCUCGAAGACGCAUUAUUCAACGAGAAGGAGAAGUACAAGGCGAUAUGCGAUGAUUUGGAUAGCACCUUCGCCGAGCUUACAGGAUACUAACCCACCCAUAGAUCUAGUUUAAAUCAAUACCGUCCAUCGAUAUCCAAGUUAUCCAAUCAUCGUCUAGGACCAGCCUGUAUAUACCAGCCAUACAUACGAUUAUUACGCAUCACAUUCUCGACUGAACCGUUUCAACUUUCAAAACCACCCUCAGCGUAAUAAUCCUAUGCUAUUCUUUCAAUUUUUAUUAAUUUCUAUCUUACUAACGUUAUGUAAGCCGUAUUCGAC